UUUGAAGAGGAAGUGCUUCAGAGUUUCCUUUCAGUCUCUGAAGACGCUCAUCAUGUCUCCAUCGCUGCUCCUGCUGCUCCUGCUGGCUUCCUCGCUCUGUCCUGUCUCCAGUGGCCGCUCCACCAUGCGCCGCCUGGUCUCCUUUCAUCAUCCAGACCUUCACCAUGUGGCCGCGCUGCUGCUGAGCAACGACAGCUCCACUCUAUACGUAGGAGCUCAGGACUUCGUCUUCUCGCUGGACGUCAGUGCCGGGGACAGCAUCACUCUGAAGGGCAAGGAGGAGUGGAGGCCCACGGAGAGGCAGGUCCGAGAGUGCAGCCAGAAGGCAAAGAACGCCACGGUAACACACACACACUCUGACGCCUGGAGUUGCGGUCCUCACUGCCACGUGUCCCAUGUGAAGGUGGACUGUCCAAACCUGGUCGGGGUGCUGCUGCAGAUCAACGCCACUCACCUGUACGCCUGUGGUAGCCACGCCUACAGUCCCGAGGAGGUCUACAUCGACAUGGACUCGUUCUCUCGGAGCCCGGGAGCAAGUGGGAAGCUUCGCUGCCCGUUCAACCCCUUCGAGAGGAGCACGGCCAUCGCCGUCGGGGGCGAGCUGUUCACCGCCACGACCGCCGACUUCCGAGGACAGAACCCUCACGUCGCUCGCUUCUUCACUGAAGGAGGACGCACAGACGUCUCACUGGAGGCGUCCAGCAGCCUGCUGGAUGAGCCGACUUUCAUCAGCUCGACGCUGGACGCGGCUGAGCGGAAGCUCUACUUCUUCUUCAGCGAAGUGGGGAAGGAGUACACGUUUGAAGAGAAGAUCCGGAUUCCUCGUGUGGCUCGAGUCUGCAAGGACGAUGUGGGAGGCCAGAGGACGCUGCAGAGGAAGUGGACCAGCUUCGCCAAAUCCUCGCUGCUCUGCCCUUCUCAGAAGGGUCUCUUCAGCCAGCUGCAGGACGUGUUUAUACUGCAGCCAGCAGCGGGCGCUGACGCCGGCAACACGCUGUUCUACAGCGUCUUCACAUCAGAAUGGUCGGCCGCCGUGUGCGUCUUCAGCCUGCAGAAGCUGAGGACGGUGUUCAGCAGCUACAGGACCUUAGACAAGAAGACGUCCCGCUGGACUCAACUGGCGGGACACCCGAACCUGGGCCAGUGUGGGCUGGACGCAGCAUCAGACUCCGUGCUGGAGGUGGUGAAGCGCAGCUACCUGACCAGCGGUGCUAUCAGACCCGAGGGCGGGGCCCCGGUUCUGAUGUCGACGGAGCAAUACAGACGCGUGGUCGCCAUGACGACACAAGGCGUGAGCGGCAGAGAGUACAGGGUUCUUUUCCUCCUGACAGAGUCCGGGCUCCUCCAUAAGGUGGUUCUGUUCCAAGAUGGAGCCCAUGUCGUCGAGGAGAUCCGGGUUUUCACUGGACCACAGCUUUUUUACAACUUACUGCUGUCGGGGUCAAAGGACGUGGUCUACGUGGGCACAUCUGACGGGGUGACCGCCGUCCCCGUGGUGGACUGCUCCGUCCACACAUCCUGCUUGCAGUGUGUUCUGACCCGAGACCCUCAGUGUGGCUGGAGCCGGGGCAGGAGGGAGUGCAGCGUCCUGGACUCCAGUGAAGACAUUGUUCAGGUUCUGGAGGACGGCAGCGUGGAGGAGGCGUGUCGGGACCAGACGGGCCCAGUGACGGAGGUCAGAGUUCACCUGAAGGACCCGGUCACGCUUCCCUGUCAGAAGCCCAGACUUGCUGCCGUCACCUGGACUCACUCGCGGUUCUCUGUGCUCCCGGAGACACUUUAUGUCCAGUCUGCAGGCGACCUGAGGUUCUUCGCCUCACCCAAGACCAUGGGCUUGUACCACUGCCACGCUCAGGUCCACGGCUCCCGGCUGCUCGUGUCCAGCUACAACGUCCUGCAGGUGGCGCCCCCUCGCUCUCACUCACCUCCCCUGAAUGACAAUGGUGGGGAGGAAGCAGUCGACCUGUCGUGGGUCACCAGCCUCCCACUCAGCACUGACUCCCCAGUGAAGCAGCAGGGGGCGCUGUGCGAGCAGGGAGGCUCUCAGACCAGCCUGGUGGUGGUGUCGCUGCUGCUGGUGGUGUGUGUGUGCCUCCUCAUGGCGGCCGUGCUGUACACGUGGUGCCGCAGGAGUCAGAGGCUCGAGUGGAGCAAGGGCCAGCAGGAUAGCCCGGCGGAAGUGAUGGUGGACUGAGGUGCGGUCCUCAUGCAAGUCUCUUCCAUCACCACCCAGGUUGACCCUUCAGAAGCGGCCCGGACUCUGUUUCCGCUUGCCUCAGUGUUUUCAAACCCUUUCGGUUUCACUUGUUUAUCGGACCUCUUCAUCUGCAGGACGCCAAGCGGGUCGGCUCUGAUGUUUUUGGUCACAUGACUGAGUGAUAAAGCUGUGAAUGUGAUGACAUAAGUGAUACUUUUCUAGCGUCUCUAUGCUGCCCCCUGCUGUACACACAAUGACGGCUUCGUUAUUAAACGUUGGAGUUUGAGCUUUUGUUUGCUUCUUCAUUUCCUCCCCUUCUCUUCCUCUCCCUUUCCUUCUUCUGGCUUCCCUUUCUUCUCUCUCCUGUUAUCCAUUUUCAUCCAUUCUUUUGAGACCACCUAUUUUCUCAUCUCCUCCCUCUCUUCCUGUUCCUCUCCUUUCCCUCCUCCCCCUCAGCUCCUCCCUCUCUCCUCUUCAUCUUCACCCUCAUUGAUUCCCAUCCUCAGCUGGACUCAGUUGCAUCGGAACCGGACCGGACUGCUGCUCGGGUGUGAGUUGUCUCUCUCUUUAUUUCAUUCAACACUGGACCAACUGCUCUGGUUCCGGACCAACUGGAUCAGAACCCACUGGGAAACUGAGAACAGAAUAAACUGUUUCUGAUUCAAAAAUUUUGUUCAGAACCAGCUCUGGUCCAAAGGACCAGGCCGAUACCAGCGAGUGAUGGCUUGUGUUUUCUCUUGCAGACCCUCCUGGACCAUGGUGCGUGAGUGAGUGAGCACUUGUGUGUUUUUGCUUAUGUUUAUAGCUUCUCCUGUGUGUUUGUGUUUCCACCAGCGAGAAGAUCUGAAGACCUUUG